UAGGGACAGGAGAGAAAGCCAGAUAGAUAGAAGAGAAUUGAAAAUUUGAAACGCUUAAGCUUGUGACAGUUGACACCAAUCUCAAUUUUGAAUCCCAAUCUGAAUCUGAGAUAAAUGGGGAUACUCUAUGCCUUGGUGGCACGUGGAUCGGUGGUGCUGGCGGAGUUCUCCGCCACCUCCACAAACGCCAGCGCCAUCGCCAAACAGAUUCUCGACAAGAUCCCAGGCACCAACGACACCCACGUCUCUUACUCUCAGGAUCGAUACAUCUUCCAUCUCAAGCGCACCGAUGGCCUCACCGUUCUCUGUAUGGCCGACGACACCGCCGGAAGGAGACUUCCUUUUGCUUUUCUUGAGGAAAUUCAUCAGAGGUUUGUGAGGACUUAUGGACGUGCAGUUCAUUCAGCUCAGGCUUAUGGGAUGAAUGAUGAGUUCUCAAGGGUUUUGAGCCAGCAAAUGGAAUAUUACUCUAAUGAUCCUAAUGCCGAUAGGAUCAAUAGACUCAAAGGCGAAAUGAGUCAGGUAAGAAAUGUCAUGAUAGAAAAUAUUGACAAGGUUUUGGAUAGAGGUGAUCGUCUGGAAUUGCUGGUGGAUAAAACUGCUAACAUGCAAGGAAACACCUUUCGCUUCAGGAAGCAAGCUCGUCGAUUCAGAAGCACAGUCUGGUGGAGAAAUGUUAAGCUUACGGUUGCACUCAUAGUAAUCCUACUUGUGAUAGUAUAUAUUGUGUUGGCUUUUGUUUGCCACGGGCCUGCGCUACCGUCUUGCAUAUAAGGGAAGGAUCCGAUCGACAAGUGAAUUUUGAGUGUGCUGCUUCCUUGGCGUCUUCAGCUUGCAUAUGUCAGUUUUCUUCUCAGCUUCCUUUGUUUAUAGAGAUUUUCCAUUUGUUCAACUUUGGUUGAAGAUUCUCUACUUGUGUGCUGGUGAAUUCUUUGUGAUAGAUUGGAAGUGUUUUGGUUGUACUUUCAUUGUGGGGGGAAAAAUCAUGUAUCAUGCUCAAUUAUUGGUGUAAAUCAUAUCAUUUUCAGCUUCAUACUGCCAUGGAUGUGACAGAUGCUUGCUUAAAAGUAUUUACAGUCAUUAGUUCUUAUUUAUAAUGUUUAAAAGGUUAUAUGGAAAUUCAAAAUUGUGAGGCCAUGUUAAGGUUAUGGCAGUGAUACAAGAUGUGAUCGUUAAAUUGUAUGAAGAAAAAGACUAUGCAUUUGACAAUUGAUCAAAAGUUCAAAACCAUCUUUCUUCAA